AUGCUGCCAUGUACUCAGAAGCUCAAGGAUCUUUCCUGGAAACCCGUUGGAAUCAUCCUUAGUGGGGGUCCCUCAAGCGUGUAUUCUCCCGAUGCACCAAACGUGGAUCCGCUCGUGUUCGAGCUCGGUGUUCCUGUGUUGGGAGUUUGCUAUGGCUGUCAACUAAUUGCAUGGCGAGUAAACCCAAACAAUGUGGCACCUGGCGUGGCCCGUGAAUACGGAGAGACUUCUAUGGCCAUCCGUAGAGUCGGUAACCAUGCUGACCGUCUCUUCGAGGGAUUGGGAGACUCUUUAAAUGUUGUAAUGAGCCACUUCGACAAGCUCGUUCAUCUACCCGAUGGUUUCAAGACCAUCGCCACUACCAAGAACAGCGAGUUUGCUGGCAUUGCCCAUGAUUCUCAGCCCGUCUUUGGCAUCCAAUUCCACCCUGAAAUCUCUCAUACAGAGCGUGGAACGGACAUAAUCGCCAACUUCGCUCUCAAGAUUUGUGGUGCCCGAGCGGACUGGAAGAUGGACAACUUCUCAGAGCGAGAAAUUGUUCGAAUUCGACAGCUGGUUGGCGACAAGGCACAAGUUAUUGGAGCUGUUUCCGGAGGUGUUGAUAGUACUGUGGCGGCUAAAUUAUUGACGGAAGCAAUUGGAGACCGCUUCAAGAGCAUUCUAGUGGACACCGGUCUGAUGCGUCUGAAUGAGUGCGAACAGGUCAAGGAGACCCUGGACAAGCACCUGGGAAUUAACCUGACUGUGGUGGACGGAUCUGAUCUCUUCUUCAGCCGUCUUGCAGGAGUCACGGAGCCAGAAGCCAAGAGGAAGAUUAUCGGAGAGACUUGCAAAGUUAUCGAUCUCUUUGAAAUCGAGGCACUCCGUAUCGAGAAGGAAGCAGAAAACACACCGUUUGCCGGAAAGGUUGAAUGGUUCCUUCAGGGAACACUCUAUGCGGACAUUGUGGAAAGUUUGAGUUUCAAGGGAGCCGCCAGUUCCACCAUCAAAUCUCACCAUAAUGCGGGAGGACUUCCUGCUCGCAUGCAAAACGGCGAGGCACACCUCAAACUCCUUGAGCCGCUCCGAGAACUUUUCAAGGACGAAGUGCGGGCUUUCGGACGCCAACUGCAGAUUCACGAGGAGCUCAUUGGAAGACACCCUUUCCCUGGUCCUGGUUUGGGCAUCAGAAUCAUCGGCGAAGUCACCCGCGAGCGUGUCGAAAUUGUGCGCAAGGCGGAUCAUAUCUUCAUCUCCAUGAUCCGUGAGGCUGGAAUUUAUGACGAGGUUCGACGCGACCACCUGUCGUCUGUCACCCAAGCCUACGCUGCACUUGACACAAACAGAGCCGUCGGAGUGCAGGGUGAUGCCAGAGCGUAUGGCUACAUCUGCGUUCUGCGAGCCGUGACCAGCUUGGAUAUGAUGAGCGCCGAGCCCUACGAGUUCGAGUGGAGUCUUCUCAAGGCUAUUAGCAGACGCAUUGUGAACGAAGUCGAUGGCAUUGCGAGGGUGGUAUACGACACCACGUCUAAGCCUCCAGGAACGAUUGAAUUGGAGUGA